AUUAUCUAAAGUUCUUACCUGCUAUCAGUGUGGGUAAGUGGUGAUAGAAGAGGUUCAUGAUCAACUACCGAGUUCAUGAGCACGGAUCGGAAUCUCGACUCAAAGGCUCACAAAGUCUCUCAGUUUGUGCACAGAAGUGAAGGAGGGAGGACAGAUAUCGGUUACCGGUGGACUAAUAUACGACUCGGGACGGCUCAUGAACGUUACCAGUGUUUCCUGGAGUUAGUGGCCAUGCAGUGGGCUGUGUAGUGAAAUCGGAACAUCGUGAAAUAAUGAAACGGUCCAGGGAAAGAUGUUCGUCAGUGUUGAAAAAUCAGAUAACCUCGAGUACGAUACCGCUUUCAUUUGUGGCCAUUGGGAAAAGGCUGGAAAUGGGAAGAUGGACUGAAAAGUUAUCCCUUCGCCGGCAUUCCCCGCGUAAGACAGAGUUUCGUGUGUCUGACCUGUGACUGAAGGUUCCCGCCGCCUACUCUCCCGCCAUCGUCAGCUGCAAUCCCCUCUUGACCUCAGCGCCGAGAAAGGGAGUCGAGAGGCGAGUGCUCCCUCCUCCUUUCCUCCCUUCGUUAAUGGUGUUCCCGGCCGCCUAGAGGGGAAUCAGCGAGGCGGGAGGAGUGAAAGAUGAUUGGUCGCUGGGUGCGCAGGUAGUGGAAGGCUGGCAGGAGCAAGACACACUUGACGGCCCGCACCUGUGACACCUGGCUCGUCUCAGGUGUUCUGAUUCAAGAGGAGAGCAGUGACGCCAGUAUCCCAGGUGUCUCGCCCGCGUCUUCAGUUAAGGUGGACUGACUCUUCUGACCCCGGGCGGAGGAGAAGGCGGAGGAGCAGGCGAACGAAGGUAACGUGCCUUGUCACCUGGUCGCCCUGUGCAGAGACCUCGAUAAUCCCGCCGCCUCCCCAGGUGGAGGCGCGAGGCACAGCCAGGCCGCGGAGGUGACACAGCCAGGCCCCGGAGGUCACGGCGUACCCGCGUCAUGUAACACACGGUACUGGUGACCUGCUAGUGUAGAUAAGUGAUUCAUACCUGGUGCAUCUGAUCCCACGCACCCGCUAAAGGAGGAGGAGGAGGACACGAAGCCGAGGGCGUGGCGAGUGAGCCCUGACCCGUGAUACUGAAGGAGGCGCUGACGAGGCUCGAGACUGAGGCAGCAUCAUGAAGGGGGUCCCGGGCGUGGCUGCGGCGUGAGGCUGUGAAGGCGAUGUGAGCCGCGUCAGGAGGGAGAGUGUACCCAUGACGUGUCCCUUCAGCAAUGCCCGCGUGCCAGGGGUCGAAGACGGGGGGGUCGGCGGAGGCGGAGGAGGCGGGCGUUUGUUGGGCACCGCGGGGGGACGAAUGUGGGAGCGAGGCACCUCCAUUGAUACCAGCAGCAGUGGAGGCAGCCCCGUUAGACAGUUGGGCAGCGUGCAGGAGCGGGUCAACUCCUACACCCGCAUGACCCGCUCCCCGUCCGAGCCUGUGGCGGUGAGACGCAAGGCCUCCGGGGGCGCGGCGCGGCGAGGCGGAGACGUGCGGGCGCGACUCAAGGGGCAGCAGGAGGACGGGGAUGACGGGGCGCCGCUCCUCACGCCACCCCGCGACCCCCCCGACCCCAAGCAGCCCCUCAGCAUCCAGAACCUGACGGAGGCUGUCUGGUGCUUCAUCACUAUACCCGCCGACCAGGUGUUGCUCUCUCUCGACACUCUCCUCCGUUCAGGUGACCUCGAGUGGCGUGCUCUCAGGCGUAAGCUGAGCAUCGUUGCGGAGAGCGUAAGGGAAUGGGACGACUGGCAUCUAGACGACCUGCUCACGACCCUCAUCACGCAGCUCGAGGUUGACCCUGAGGAGUUCAUGCGUCGCCUGGGGAGAGAAUACGUGCGGGAGUGUCAGCGGCAGUAUGGCAAGGCCCUGCAGAGCCUCGGCUACAACCUGGAGGGCUUCCUCACCAACCUGACGGGCCUGUGCGACAUCAUCAAGACCAACGCCAACAUGAGGACCAAGAACGACGUGCCCAGCCUCGUCUGCAACCGCCAGGGGGAGCGCGUCGUGCUGCACUUCUUCACCAACAGGGAACGCAUCCGCUACUUCGUCGGCGGCGUCAUCGAGGGCGUGAGUCAGCAGAUCUUCUCCAAGGAAGUUCGAGUCUCCUGCGACAAGUGCGACACCCCGAAUGGCAACCGCUCCAACCACAGAUUCUACUUCAAGUACUCGACGGAGGAGGUCUGCGUCGUGCCGAGCGAUGGUGAUGCCAACGGUGGUGAUGGUGAUGGUGAGAACAGUGUCAGUGAAGGGAGGACAGGUGCACAGAACGGCCAGGUGGAGAGUGGGGGCGGUGGGGGAGGGAGUGCCGGGGAAGGGGAGGUCAAGGCGCCCGUCACCGAGGUCAAAAGCGCCUCCUCCAGCGCCAAGGACUUCAAGAUCAGCGUGAGUAGCUUCUGUAAGGCCUUCCCGUGGCACUUCGUCUGCAACAAGGCCAUGAGGAUAACGCAGCUCGGCUCUGGCCUCCUGCAGGUGUUCGGGCCCCAGCCGCUUUGUCAGAACCACGAGGUCAACACCUGCUUCUCCCUCAUCUCACCUGAGGGCGCGGGUCUCACCUACGAGCAUGUGGUGGCGCGCGUCAACACAGCCUUCGUCCUGGCCAUCAAGUACCAGCUCAGCUCCAGAUACAAGAUAAAGAACAUGGAGCUCAAGGGACAGAUGGUGGAGUGUCCGGAGAGCGAUUCGAUCCUGUUCGUGGGCUCUCCGCUGCUAGACGGCCUCACCGCCCUCACCUCGCGCGGCCUCUACCUGUCCGACAUCCCGAUCCACGACGCCACGCGGGACGUUAUUCUGGUCGGGGAGCAAUCCAGGGCACAGGACGGUCUCAAGCGGAGGAUGGCGCAGCUCAAGGACUCUAUAGAGGAGACUAAUAACGCCGUGGACAAGGAGCGGGAAAAGAACGUCUCUCUCCUGCACCUCAUCUUUCCCCCGGAUAUUGCUAAGAGGCUUUGGCUGGGCGAGGUCAUCCAGGCCCAGAAACACGACGAGGUCACGAUGCUCUUCAGCGACAUCGUGGGCUUCACCUCCAUCUGCUCCACCGCCACGCCCUUCAUGGUCAUCAACAUGCUCCAGAAUCUCUACACGCAGUUCGAUGCCUACUGCGGCCAAUUGGAUGUGUACAAGGUGGAGACCAUAGGCGACGCGUACUGUGUGGCGGGCAACCUCCACCGUCGCAGUUCUUGGCACGCCCUGCAGGUGGCGUGGAUGGCGCUGAAGAUGAUGUACUCCUGCACUUCCCACACCACGCACGACGGCCGCCCCAUCCAGAUGCGCAUAGGCCUACACACGGGGCCGGUGCUGGCGGGGGUGGUGGGAACGGCCAUGCCCAGGUACUGCAUGUUCGGCGCUAAUGUCACCAUCGCUAACCAGUUCGAGUCCUCCUCUGAGCCGCUUCGAGUCCACAUCAGCCCAACCACGCACAGGCUUCUCGAGCAGACCCCCGGAUGGUCCUUCACCCCUAGGGACCGAGAUUGCCUGCCCAAAACCUUCCCCGCGGACGAGCCAGGCAUCUCGUGGUACCUGGACGCCUACUACCACCAGGAGCUGCCCAAGGACACGCCGCUCCCCGAACACAUCGAUCUCGCCAUGAGGUCUCUGGAGUUGGAACCGUCCUGAGGCGCUCUGACCACGGGCAGGGAGUGUAGAGGCGGACGAGGGAAUACGUGCUGGAAAGGGCUGUAGAGAGGGCUUGAUUGAGUGUGUGCGUGUGUGUGUGUGUGUGUGUGUGUGUGUGUGUGUGAGUGUGCAGGCAUGUAGUUAGUCCCUCAGUACAGGUGUGGGCAUUAAUUAAGGCUUCAGGUAACUGUGAUCAAGAAGGAAGGCGUGUACAGCUUAAAGUUAAAGAGUCAGGUGUGUUGAUGGUCUGAAGUGUGUGUGUGUGUGUGUGUGUGUGUGUGUGUGUGUGUGUGCGCGUCAGACAAGAGUUGGGCUCUGUUACAGGUUCUGAGAGGCUAUAUAAAUCUACGGGGAAAAGUAUAUAUAUACAUAAUUAUAUUCUUGUACAUACCGUCGCUCUCAUUCUAAACUAUUUUAAUAUAUAAUUUGUAUAUUAAAGCCUUUGCUAUGUAGGGUAAUAGAGAAAGAAUAUAUAUACACACACAUAUAAACAGAGAUAGCAAAAGAUUUAUGUCCCCAACGGAUGUUUAGUAGGUUUUUAAGUAUAUUCUCAAAUGUUAGAUAAUACUUUCUUCUAUUUUAUUUAUUUGCUUAACUUUUCUGUGUUGAGUUUUUAUUUGAAAAGUCGCCGCCCGGGCUCUCCCUCGUACGUCUGUCUGUCUCGUCUCCUUCGCGGGACGGUCGCCAUCAAGGAGCAUAAUAAAAACAAACGGACCGAUUUUUACCUCCAGUGAGAGUCAGAUUGUGAGAGGGAGAAGACUGAUGUAGGUUUUUGUCUCUCUCUCUCUCUCUCUCUCUCUCUGUUUAUCUAUCUACCUAUCUGGCUAUCUAUCUAUCUAUCUGUUUCCUCUUUUCUGCUCUCCUCUCAUUUUCUCAUUUUUUUUUCUUUCCUUUUCUCUUUUUGUCUUUUCUUCCUCUCUUCUCAUGCCUCCUCUCUCCUCUCCUCUCUCACUCUCCUUCCUUAUCUCCUUCCCUUCAGAUGACCGCGAACAUCUAAUGAUUUACGGUCACCUGUAUUUCCCCGUUACGGCUGUCCGGGUAGUAGUAUUAUUGUACCCGAGAGGCUGGGUUGUUGGUGACCUUCUCCUUAAUUGUUUCCUUAAGGGGGGAUAUCUUGCUUUUUUUUCCCUCUUCUUGUGUCGUGUGAUAUGUUCCGAUGUGAUAUAUGAGCUUUUUGUUUUGUUGGGUUUGUCUUUUUUCUGUGAUUUAUUGGUGUGAUCUGACUCAGGUUUUAUUGCUUUUUGUGGCUUGGUUCGUGUUUAUUUAUUGUUUUGGGGUCAUUAAGGGGAGUCUGUUUGGCUUAUAUGAUUUAUGUAUCUAUAUUCUUGUUUUGGGUUCCUAACUUUAUCUUUUUUCACUUAUUAUUUCUGCUUCUUUAAAUUUCCACCUCUGUCUGAGUGUCUGUUUUUUUUUCACUUCAUUUCAUUUAUCCGCUUGUCUGUCUGUCUGUCUAUUGAUGAUUUUUCUAUUUCAGGUAAAAGUUUUUUGGGUGUUUCUUUAUAAUGAAUUUUGUAACGUCUUCAUUUCUUUUCUUUCUACUCCAUAUGCUUAUAAGUUUGUUUGUUUUUACUUUAUUUUUCCAUCUGUUUGUCUUUUCCUUAAUGAUUUCUCAGUUCCAGGUAAAAAUUGUUUGGGCGUUUCUUUAUGAUGUAUUUCGUAACAUCUAUUUCUUCAUAUUUUGAUAGAAACUCAUUUUUUCACUCAUAUUUCCCGCCUGUAUGUCUUUCUGUUCGUCUGUCUGUCUGUCCGUCUGUCUGUUAAUACCUCUUCUGUACAUAGAUCAAAACGCACAAUACAAGCUAAGGGAUAAUGAAGAUAAGAAUGAUAAUGGUAGUGAAAAUAUACAAGUAGACAGAUAUACAUACACACAAACAUGCUAAGGGGUCACCAAUGUAUAAGAAACAAGUAAUGUGAAAAAAAUAAAUGGCGUGUUUGCUGCUCCACAUCCUCGGCCGAUAAUAAUGUUUGAUCUGAUUACGAGGGAAGAGCAAUUCAUUCAUUAACCUGUUGUUCCAAUUUGCCAGCCGACUGUAUACAUAUUCUACUAAUUUAUUUAUUUCAUCUACUUAUUCAUUUUCCGGACGAUCGCUGUGUGUGUUAUCAUGGCGUAUUUCGAUGUUUCUUUUUUUUUAGGUGUAUAUAUUUCGUGGCAUUUUUGUUGUUGUUUUUUUCUGAGUCUGGCGUCACUCUGAUUGGUCCACGGUGGGUGUUGUUUUACUUUUGUUUUUGUUUUCCUCCUCGUCGCCGCCUAUGAUUGGCUGCCUCGUGAUUGUCUGUAUAACGUCAAAACCUCCUAAAUUUUCCUAUUGGUCUAUCACUAUAACGUCAUUUUCAACUCUCCCUGUCAUUGGGGCAUCACUUGACCUCCACGCCGCAUCGCCACGUCUCAUUGGUUCUUUAAUGUGGUGUCAAAGCUUCAUCGCCACUUCCUAUUGGUCCUUCAGUGUGACGCCAGAACACCAUCGCCGCUCCCCAUUGGUUGAUGCCUGACGUCAGAGCCUCAUCGCCAUAUGCUAUUGGUCCUUAGGUUUGUGACGUCACGCUCUUCUCUCUCCCGCACUGCUGGUCUGUUCAACUCGUUUGUUCUCGUUCUUCACUGAGCGCCUGCCCGCCUGUGAUGCUUCAACGCUGAUAGGAAGCAAGGAGCGUUCAUAUUUCUUGUCAUUAACACUAAUGAUGCAUAUAUGGCUAACUAAUAGCACUAAUUUAUUGUACCGAUAACACAUACGAUAGCCUCGACGAAUUAAUUUAUUUAUACAAACAUUUCUGCUUGUUGUUAUUGAAUUAUAGCGCGGGGUGAAUAUAUUGAUGAGACUAGCUUUAUUUAGUUAUCACUAAACACAAUCACGCGUCCGGCUGGCUGGCUGGCUGGCUGGCUGGCUGGCCAGUUGGUUGCCUGGUUGGAUGACUGACUGGCUAACUAGGUGGCAGACUGGCCAGCUAGCUGUUUGGCUGGCUGGCAGACUGACUGGCUGACUGGUCAGCUGGCUGGCUGGCUGGCUGGCUAACUGGCUGGCUGGCUGGCUGGUUGGCUGGCUGACUGGCUGGCUGGCUGGCUGGCUGCCUGGCUGGCCGACUGGCUGGCUGGCUGGCUAGUUGGCUGGCUGACUGGCUGGCUGGCUGGCUGGCUGGCUGGCUGCCUGGCUGGCCGACUGGCUGGCUGGCUGGCUAGUUGGCUGGCUGACUGGCUGGCUGGCUGGCUAGCUGGCUGGCUGGCUGGCUGGCUGGCUGGCUGGCUGGCUGGCUGGCUGGCUGGCUGGCUGGCUGGCUGGCUGGCUGGUUGGCUGGCUGGCUGGCUGGCUGG